AUGUCCUCGACAGCGUUGAAGACGUCUCCACCGGCAAAAAGAGACAUGAGUGUCGAGAAGAUGUAUCACAUGAGAACUGUUGUCUCUAUUGGAGCAUUACUACCUGGAUUGGGAUGCUAUUUCUGCAUUGCUUAUACUUACGUAUUCCAAUUCGAAACUAUCACCAACUUUACUCAACAGGAUAGUUGCCCAGAUGUUCACAGUCCCAUACCACCCGUAUCCUACAGCAUUGGUGUUUGGAAACCUCAAAGAUUCUAUUGGAUGACAGUUAUGUUCAUUCAUAUGCCCCUUCGGAUAUUCUUCAUUAUACUCUAUAAACGAAUGUUUACGGACUCUGCUCCCAAAUCUCUUGCUUAUCACUAUGCCCGUUGGUGCUACAUGAGAACACUUUGUAUAGAAGCAAUGGGACUUUCUCUUGUUUCAAUCAUCAACAUCAAUGAUAACUUUGCUCUUCAUGCAUUGGGCUUCGGAACAUGGAUUUCUGCAUUCAACGUCAACAUGCUUUUCAAUAUAAUACUUCAUCAUUUCGGAAAAGUUAGGCAGCAGUCUCGAGCUCAUGAAAUCACAUGGAGACUGAAAGUGUUCAUGUUUUGCACAGGUGCUAUUGCAUCUUGCUCAACUGCCUUUACCUAUCCUCUAUUCCUCAAACUCUGCUCUAGAUUCGCGUACAUUUCCUUCUCCAUGGUCGAAUUAAUGAUAAUUGGAUAUAAUUCAAUUUUCUAUUCAUUGGCCUAUUGGGACUUCCCAAAUACACGAGUUACACUCGGUAUACAUACAGGACCACAUCCAAAGAAAAUCGGAACCGUUUCUGAAAAUGUUGAGAAACUGCCCAUCUGA